GCGGAAGGCGGGCAGGCAUCUUAUUCUCCAUCCCGGUGUGUCUGGAGAGCAGCUCUACAGGUGACUGAGCAGGAGGAGCAUGACUGACUCACUGCUGAGUUAUUUUCUCACUCUCCUCCUCUCGCCCUCCCAUCUUUGCUGGUUGUGUUUUCCCUUGGCCCAACAGCUCCUAUUUUUCCCCAGGCGCUGAUGAGAAAAAAAUAAAUUAGCAGCAGGCUUUCUUGUUACCUAAUGUUCACAAAAAUGCGCCUGUGGUUAUCUAGGUGAGGAGAUAAAAGCCAACUCUGUAAGAAAGAAGAAUUAAUUGUCUCUUGGAUACAACAUUUUUAUCUUAAAAAAAAAAAAAGUGCUCCUCCUUUCUGAAUGUUGUCCAGAAAAUACUAAAGUAACUGACAUGCCAGGAAAUUGUAAAUAACUUCUUUAUCAGACUACCUGUGGAAAAUACCUAAUUGCCUCACUGGCAGCCCUGCUGGUUUUGACUUGAUUUCUAAACUGGCUGCAGUUGGGGGAAGGUGUUUCACUUGCUGCCUUGAUUACAGAACUGGAUUCUGCUGGGUUCCAUUUGGGACUGGAGGAGCAGGAACAGAGUAGUUACAUCUGCGGAGUUUCAGCCAGUGUGAACUGUGCUUCAAUCAGCUUAAUAAAUCUGUCCUAGUUUACAUCCUUAUGAAAUCUAAAGCCUUAGAACAGUUUGCCUUCCUUCUUCUGCAGGGUGCCAUGGGAUCUAUUGCUGAAAUUUAGCCUGCAGAAGUGUCAGCUUGAUAUUAUAUUUUGCAUUUUUGAAAUUGCAUGACAUGAAUGCAGCAAGUUAUGCAAGAUCAACACAACACCCACGGAGUUCGUAUAUCCAGAAAGGGCCAUGGCAAUGCUUUCCAAAUUGAGAAGUAACACUUUGGCUUGCCUGAGCAAUGGAAUAACGCUGUAUUUGCAGCUCAUGGUCUGCAGUUUAUACCUCUACAGGGCACAGGAGUCUUUAAUUACAGAUUCUCAAAGUGUGGGGCUUUGUUAUGUGUGUUCACUCCCUCCCCACCCCAGGGUGAAGUGUAAGUCAGCCGUCCUGCCAUUUCAAGGCUUAGUAGAGGGGCAACGUGUGUAUAAUCUUUAUACACUAGAAUCUUGAUUAGCAUCUUGCUCUUGCCUUUUCUGCAAAAUGUCACUCAACGCACAGUCCCAUCCUCUUUGCUGAGAUCACAGCAUCAGCCCACGAUAAGAAAGGUCCUAGAAAACAUCGAUUCACUGCAUUACAGAAUCUUGAUAGUGGUAUGUGUCUACAAUGAGAUCUCAUCAGUUUGAACUGCAGGGUUUUAAUGAAAUGUAUCGCUGUGCUCUCCUUUGUCCUCCAGCUGGGAGGAUGUUUCACCUUUGGUGAGCACUCACACCUGUGCUGAGUGUGAACGAGGGGUGGGGCUCCGGUUGUCCUCCCGCAGCUGGCGCUGGGCAGGGAGCAGCUCCAGGGAGCAGCUGGGAGCUCCGGCUGUUCUGUUCGCAUGUGCCUGAGACUGAACCAGGAUCUUUCUGAAGAAGCUUUAAGAUGAAAUUGCUGAGAAUUUUUGCCUGAAGCAAGGGAUGUUUCCCGUGUUUAAGACAAGCAGCAACCUGCAGUUAGAAGGAAGAAGGGACUGAAUUCACUCCAGAAGUAUUUCUUCUUCAGAAGUAUUUCAGAUCUGUUUUUCAAGGUUGCCGAGGGGAAGGCAGAAGGUCUGGUGAAUCUCUAAGAGACUUGGGUGGCCAUUUGCAACAGCAGCGCUUUGCAGGAAACAGCACAGCCCAGAAUCACCAAGGCAGCAAAAGGAGAAGACAAGAUUUUCCCAAGAGGUUCUGCUGUCGGUGUGUGUCAUUGUCCUUGGAAGAGGAAUUUGAGGCUUCUCUGCGCUGAGUGCUUCUGUGUCCCAUCUGCUACCACACCCUGAAAUCAAACUCGGCAGUUUAGGUGAACCAGGCACUGUACAAACAUGUCAGACUUGCCUCCACCCCUUUUGCUUCUCCCGCUUUCUUCAGCCGUCUUUCUCUCUGAAGUUUAUCGGCGUGUCAGUGGAUUCCAGUGGCAGAGCAUUCCCACGUCACCUCUGGUGACGGCGCAAUGAGGAGUCGAGGGUCGUUAAUGCCUUAAUGUGUCUGGGGACAGAGUACUGAAAAAAACCAGAAGAGAAGUUUGUGGCUGAACAGAAUAACUAAUACUCUCUCGGAGAAGACUUGUCUGCUGUGAUGUAAAGUUCCGUAUCGGUGUUGGCAGUAGUGAGCAGGAAGGCAGUCAGUCGGCAGGCUGUGGGCUUUAAGCUAACCUGUCUCUGCCACGUUUUGGGGCACACCACCUGGGCUGCAGUCUUCCCAACAGUUAUCUCAAGGGGGUAUAACCCAAGUGAACUGCCUUGAGGCUGCUGACAGCUAUUAAAUAGGCAUCAUGUUCCGCAAGAAGAAGAAGAAACGCCCGGAGAUCUCGGCUCCACAGAACUUUGAGCACCGUGUCCACACUUCAUUUGAUCCAAAAGAGGGCAAGUUUGUUGGCCUGCCACCUCAAUGGCAGAACAUUCUAGACACGCUGAGGCGCCCCAAGCCGGUGGUAGAUCCUUCAAGGAUCACGAGGAUGCAACUCCAGCCCAUGAAGACGGUGGUGAGGGGCAGCACCGUGGAAGUGGAAGGCUACAUCUCUGGGAUACUCAACGACAUCCAGAAGCUUUCUGCCAUCAGUUCCAACACUCUGAGGGGAAGGAGCCCCACUAGCAGGAGGAGAGCUCAGUCCCUUGGGCUCCUGGGGGAAGACAAACCCCCAGAUAUGUAUCUCCAGAGCCCUGAAGCAGAUUGGGCAGACAAAUAUGGAAACUACCUCAAUUGCAACGGUGGGACCAAGGUGACCCGGAGGCAAACAAUGUGGCCAGAUUAUAAGCCCCGCUUGGAAGGACAGUCUCAUCCCAACGGGAUGGUAAUGAAAGCACAAUCCCUGGGGCCGUCAGAGUUCCAGGAUGCUGAUGGUAGCUGCCUCCAGCGUGUCUCUGGUUUGCAGCACAUGCCAACUCUACCAGCGGAUAGUGAGAAGACGGGAUUAAAGAGCUCGGAAGAGUGCUGGCCUCAGCCUUGUCUCGCACGACAAGCAAACUCCAGACCCUCAGGGGAGGGCAGCCCUAGCUCCAAAUCAAGAGAAAACAGCUUGAAGAGGAGGCUGUUACGUAGCGUGUUCCCUUCAUCCAGCAGCUCAAACAAGUCAGGCCCUUCCCUGCAGAUAAAGCCGACUGCUUUCUUCAGGCCACAGCAGUGGGGUUCACCGUGCAGUCCUGCAGCCAAAGCCCAGUCUCUUCCACCAGACCAGCCUGCAUCCGAUUUCCCCAGGAUAAUCUCAGAAGCUGGGACCCCCCAGAAGUCCCCAGCAGUGGAGAAGGCGGUUACAGUGCCACCGGGCAGGCCCUCACCAGCAGGAUCGCCCAGGAACCACCAGACUCAGACUAGUUCUAGCAACCUUCACCUUCCCCAGGACUCCUCUGUGAAAGGGCAGCUGGCCAGCGAGGACCCAGUGGUUGUGACCCAUGAGCAGUUCAAAGCUGCCCUCAGGAUGGUGGUGGAUCAGGGGGAUCCCCGGACAUUGCUGGAGAAUUAUGUAAAGAUUGGCGAAGGGUCCACAGGUAUUGUCUGUAUUGCUCGAGAGAAGCACUCGGGGCGGCAGGUGGCAGUGAAAAUGAUGGAUCUGAGAAAGCAGCAGCGCCGGGAGCUCCUUUUUAAUGAGGUGGUGAUAAUGAGGGACUAUCAACAUGUCAAUGUGGUGGAGAUGUACAAGAGCUAUCUGGUGGGAGAGGAGCUCUGGGUGCUGAUGGAGUUCCUGCAGGGAGGAGCCCUCACAGACAUUGUGUCUCAAAUCAGGCUAAAUGAAGAGCAAAUUGCAACAGUGUGUGAGUCAGUGCUGCAGGCUCUGUCCUAUCUUCACUCUCAGGGGGUCAUUCACCGGGACAUUAAGAGCGACUCCAUUCUGUUGACACUGGAUGGAAGGGUCAAACUCUCAGAUUUUGGCUUCUGUGCUCAGAUCAGUAAAGAUGUACCUAAAAGAAAGUCUCUAGUAGGUACUCCCUACUGGAUGGCUCCAGAAGUUAUUGCAAGGAUACCGUACACCACCGAGGUGGACAUCUGGUCUCUGGGGAUCAUGGUGAUAGAGAUGGUGGAUGGAGAACCCCCCUAUUUUAGUGAUUCUCCAGUCCAGGCAAUGAAGAGGCUCCGUGACAGCCCUCCUCCCAAACUGAAAAACUUCCACAGGACCUCCCCGGUUCUGAGGGACUUCUUGGAAAGGAUGUUGACUCGGGAUCCGCUAGAAAGAGCAACGGCACAAGAACUUCUGGAUCACCCCUUUUUGCUCCAGACAGGACUUCCAGAGUGCCUGGUCCCCCUUAUCCAGCAAUACAGGAAGCGUACAUCCACCUGCUGAUUUUACAUGAGGGGAAAUGCUAGGAAAAAAUAAUGUUUAUUAAAAACAAUAUAAUCAUGAGACAAGGCAGUCUCCUCCUGUGAAUGGUGCUUGGAAAUUGUCAGCGAUCUUCUUAGAGGAUGAAUGUGAAUACUGUCUGUGCAGUCUCAGCCUUUGUGGCUUCUCUUUUGCUGAAGACAAUCAACAUGUACUAGAUCCAAAUAAGAGCGAGUAUGUCUCAAGAACAGUGAGGUGUUUCAUGGCUUGCGGAUCACUUCUUCUGAAAAUGGCAUUUUAAAGCGGAGUGUGAAGUUGUGUAUCUGAAUGUCUGCAGGUUCCUGCAAACCUUGGCUGCUGACUACUGAACUGGAACUAUAUUUCCCAAUGAGAAAUGUGAUCUUUGUUUCAUUAGUCAUACACUGGAGUCUUGAGCUGACUCAGAUGUACAUUUUGGGGCACAGACCCUUUUAAACUCUCGAAUGAUGCACAAAGACUUAACAAUUUUUUCCUCUGAGACUUUUUCACAGAUGAUCUUUAUUUCCUUCAGUUCAACAUGGACCUAGAAAACUGCCUAUAUUUUCCCAGGGAGCAGAUGUGAUAUGUAUAUAUUUGUUUCCAAAUGGCUUUCUUGCAUCAACGUGCUUCUCUUUUGCUGAGGAAUGUGUAUGGUUUAGUGGUCAAUCUUGAAUCCAUUUCACGAUCUUGAACUUUUGGAGGGGGAACCCUUGGAUAAACGCGUCAAAACAGACUCCGGGAAGACACAUCUUGUUGCCACCGGGAUCUUGCAGUUGAAGCUUUGCAAUAUGCAACAUCUCCCUUGCUGGCUGGAGCAGAGAGCCUGCGAGAGCUUGUUCCUGUGUUCAGUUUCCAGGCACCUUUCUUCCCAAGUCGUUUCUCCCAGGAGAGGCUGAGAAACGCUGCCCUGAGACAGUUGUUGGGUAGCACUUUAGAGAUGCUCUGGGAUGCUGAAUGAAAAGGUUUCAGCUGUCCCGCACAUCCCAGGAGAGGUUUUUGUGUUUGUGUGAAGCGGUUUGUUGAGCCUCCAUCCCCCCUGCUUGUUGCUGCAGGAUGUGGGGAGAAGAUAAACUUUUGAUGUUUGUUUUGUUAUUGGUAUUCCCUUCCCCACCAUCCCUUUGAUACAUUCCAGAGGUUCCUGGUUGUCUAAGCAGCUCUUUGGUUAUUUUAAAUUGAUUUAGAUAUUUUGUAUGAUACACUUUUUGAUCAGUGAGAUAGUCAAGGUAAUUGGACUCUAAGUCAGGAUGUAACAGUGUACAGUGCUGGUGUGUAUUGUUGUGAGGUCUCAAGAAUUUAAUCUUACAUGUAAAACUGGGAUCCUAUUUUGAAACUUCAGAUAGAAAUUUAUUGGAAUUUAAGUUAUUCUUGGGACAGUCCUACUGUCUCUGAAACUAAACUCAUAGUUGCAUUUUUUCAGAAGAUGUGAAUAAUCUCUAUCCUCUGCUAUUUACUCAGUUACAGAUCCUGCUUCAAAAGUGAAGCCACAGUUGAUUACUUGAAGUAACCUGGGAUGGAAUGAAUCUGCACUGCUGCCAGCCACCCAGAUGGUGGGCACCCAGUCUGCAGGCGUGUGGGUGGGCUCUGCAGAGCAGGGUGGGACGAGCACCCCAGCGGGUGCUCCAUCUCCGUUCUCUCCCCGGCCGGAGGCUGCGAUUGCCCUCUGACGCCGCUCGCUGCGGCCAGUGCGGGGAUCGCCCACGCUGGAUGUCCGAGCGUGGGGCUGGUGAGGCUGGUUGAGAUGAAUUCAUUUAGCUCCUCCUUAGCUGCACUGGAAAACUUUUGAUGUAAAAAGUUUCUGUAUUACAGAUUUAUUGCUUUUUUUUAAAAAAAAAUGCAAAAGAGCAGGGCUUUGAAAAGAUUUAGAAAUUGAAACAAAAGAUCCUGCUCAUCCGUAGUUGUGAAUCCUUUGCACUUGUGUUUUAAAUUAAAGUAGAUCCUGAUUUAUUCAUAAUCCUCUUGCGGUGCUGAGAUGCUUUAGAAUGUCUGUUUCUUGGCGACAGAGGUAACAGGUUUAACAUUUAACAUCCUUUUAUACUUUGGCCCAAGUCUGACCAAACACGGUGAGGGAAGGCCCUUGGAAGGUUGCAUUGAAGUAUCUUACAAAAUUUAAAAAGCUCAUUACCCUGUUUGUAAAGAAUGCAGAAAGUGUCCAUCUUCCUGUCCAAUACAGAAUUAAACAGCUGAUUCUUGUGUU